CGGAAGACCGUGCAGCUGCAGCUGCGUGCACCCCGAAGCCGGGCGGGAGCUCGCGCUGCACCCGCACAGUGGUCGCUUCCAGUCAGAACCCCGCGGCUCCCCAAGAACUCUCCAUGAAUAGCGCAGACUCCGUGGAUGUGGAGGACCUGAGAUACUGAGCUUUGUACUCAUACAAUGGAAGAAAGAGAUGCCAAGGACCAGUCCCCUCAGGGGGAUGAAGAGAAAGAACCUCCAAAGAGCUACCCUUACUCUGUGGAGACCCCGUAUGGCUUUCAUUUGGACUUGGACUUCCUCAAAUAUGUGGAUGACAUUGAAAAAGGACACACCAUCAAAAGGAUUCCUAUCCACAGAAGAGCCAAGCAGGCCAAGUUUAGUACUCUGCCCCGAAACUUCAGCCUUCCCAACAGUGGGGACCGCACCCAUGCUGGUCCUCCCCAGUCAAACUGGUCUCCUGUGGUACCCAGAAAGAUAUCCCUGGGGACCCAGGAGCAAUCCCAGUCACUGCCUCUGGGUGAUCUCCCCCAGGCCUCAGUGCAUGGUAGUGAGCUGAACUACCACAGGAAAGCCCUCUUGGCAAAGGAUACCAGGCAGGUAGAGGCUGGUUCUCUGGAGGAUGCUGGGAGUGGACGGCCCCAACUGUUGAGAGCAUCCAGCAUGCCUGCUACGCUGCUGAAAAACCAGGCCCCAGAAGAACCAAGCCUGACCUCAGGCCCUUCCACACUUCUUGCCCUCCCUCUGCUCCAGGAUGAAGGCAGUGUCUGUGAUGGUACCUUUGACACUGCAGAAGGGCUCUCGGGUUUCCAAGCAUCGGCCCAGUCAAUGGACAGAGAGUUGGGAGAACUGGAGCCAACAAUUCCAGAGCAGGUCUGGGAGGGGGCUGAGGCAGAAGAAGGUGACAACAAGGCAUCAGGUCACCUUUCUCAGCCAAGUCCUUCCUCCUCAGUCCAGAAUGUCCCCAUGGAUCUAGAGGAAGUGGAAAUUCAGCACCAUACUAGAAAAGCAGAGCUGGUGUUAACACCUGGCUCCUCCACUCCCAGCCCGCCCCCUCUGCCAUCCCCUAUCCCUGAGAAUGAGCUCUCCCUGGAGGAAAUUGAGCUCAAUAUCAGUGAGAUCCCACCCCCUCCCCCCAUAGAAGUGGAUGUGAGGAGUGUUGGUAUCUGGGUAACAGAGGAAGGCCUGGGCCUGGCAGAGACUGAGGCCAGCAGUAUCUCCAGCCUGAAGAAUCAGGUCUUGGAGCUUGAGGACAGAUUGUCAGGGAGAAUAGAAGAGCUUGCCCGGGUCAGAGCUGCCCUUGAGCAGCAGGAAGAGGAGACCAAGGCUAGGGAACAGAGAAUUCAAGAACUGGAGUGUACUGUGGCCCAUUUAGAAGAAAAGCUUACUCAAGAGAAGGCCACCGAUGCUCUGGACCGGACUGAUGCCAUGGUGAACACUGACCCCCUUCAUGAACUCAUCCCCAGAGAGUCACAUGACAAAAACAUUGGGGUCAAUUUGCUCAACACUCCAGAUCCUGAAUGCUGGACAUCGAGAGCAGAAAAGAAUGGCUUCCCAUGGGUCCAAAAUAAUCACAAGCCAAGCUAUCAGAGCCCCGAAGAACCCGUGCUGCCACCCCAACUGUCACUGCCAAGGGGACCUGAGCAGAUCCUCGCCUCAUCCUUAUGCAGCUGCCUCUCCAUGGAGCUCCGGAUCGAAGAGGAGGUUUCUGAGCAGGAGAGAGGCCCACAGGUGGGAGCUGGGGGCUUGGACAGGGCAGCAGGAGACUCUUCCUGGAGCAGAAGAGAGUUUGCUCCAGUGAUCAGGGAGGAGGCCAGCUCAGAACUCCCCGGGGCAGAGCGUCCAGGAAGGCCAGCAAGUUCCCCACAAGAUGCCACAAUCGGGCAGUAUGUGAAGAAGAUCCAAGAGCUACUGCAUGAACAGUGGAACUGCCUGGAGCAUGGGUACCCGGAGCUGGCCAGCGCCAUCAAGCAGCCUGCCUCCAAGCUCAGCAGCAUCCAGAACCAGCUGCUCAGUUCCCUUAACCUGUUGCUCUCUGCCUACUCAGCUCAGGCCCCAGAGCCAAAUGAAUCCCCUGCCCCUCCACCCUCCACCCCUCCCCCACCACCAGAGGUCUCUCCGUCGACCAGCCUUAAAUCCAUAAUGAAAAAGAAAGACUAUGGCUUCCGUGCAGGAGGUAAUGGGACCAAAAAGAACCUUCAGUUUGUUGGGGUUAACGGUGGCUAUGAGACCACAUCUAGCGAGGAGACCAGUGGGGAGGACAGCUCCCCUGAGGACUUGUCUGACAGUGAGACUGAGAAGAAACAGGAUUGCUCAGAGCCCAGGUUGGACAGAGACAUGCAUCCCAGCUGUGAGGCUGGGCAGGGAGUCCCUGAAGGCACCAGUAACUCAGGCCACACAAGUGAGCAUGGGGAGGAAGUCUCUCAUCUGAGGGCUGAGAGAUAUAAACCCUCCGAGGAAUUUCUUAACGCAUGCCAGGCGCUGAGCCAGCACCUGCCGGAAACUGGGGACACCACCAAGCAGCUCCUGAGGCAAAACUUGAAUACCAUCAGUCAGGAGUGGUUCCGAGUGUCCAGCAGGAAGUUAUCUAGCCCCGAGGCCGUGGCUGCCUACCUCCUCGAGGUCCAGCCUCACUCUCCACAUCUUCUGAAGCUACUUGUCAACUUGGCUGACCGGAGUGGGAACACAGCCCUUCACUACAGUGUGUCACACUCCAACUUCGCCAUCGUCAAGCUCCUGCUGGACACAGGUGUCUGCAAUGUGGAUCACCAGAACAAAGCAGGCUAUACUGCUGUGAUGAUCACUCCCUUGGCUUCUGCAGAGACAAAAGAAGACAUGGCUGUUGUCUGGAAGCUCUUGCGGGAAGGGAAUGUGAACAUACAAGCGACUCAGGGAGGCCAGACUGCAUUGAUGUUAGGAGUCAGCCAUGACCGGGAGGACAUGGUCCAAGCACUACUGAGCUGCCAGGCAGAUGUCAACCUGCAGGACCAUGAUGGAUCUUCUGCCCUCAUGCUGGCCUGUCACCAAGGCAACGCCGACCUGGUACGACUGCUCCUGGCACAUCCAGCCUGCAACAGCAGCCUGACCGACAAGGCUGGCCGAACAGCUUUGUCCAUCGUUCUGAAUUCACCUGCCCACGUGGAAAUCGCAGAGCUUCUGCGGGCCCACUCGGAGCAGGGCAGGUCUCUGGGGCUGAAGGAGCUGCAGAAGAAUUAGCGGGCAGGAACAAAAGAUUCCUUUUCUGGACUGCCCCCUUGUCCUUAGAGUGGGCCCCGGGUCACAACCAGAGGGCCACCAAUCAAGACAGAAACUAUGUCAAGUAUGCACAAUACAUUCCCGUCAUAUAAUUCUGCUCAUUAGGAUGCUUGGUAGUGUUUUGCCUUAGGCCAAGCCCCCAAACUACAUGGGGUUCAGAGCAGGGUGUGAGGUGCAGAGUGCAGGCUGCAGUUCAGCUUUGAAUUCCUCAUGAUGUCAUCUUUGGAGUCCUGUGUAGCAGGCAAGUAGUAAGGGCACACUUGCACAGUAGAAAAAGCAAUAUUUUUACAUGGAGUUUUCAAGCACACUGUCUUUUUGUUUUUAAUCAAGUAUGAAUACAAAUAUGUCCCAGUGAAUAUGCAUGUCUAGAGAGAAUGGCAGAGGACUCUAAAUUUGGGCAAAGUAGGACUAAGCCCAGUGAUGUCAGUGCCAGGGUGUGAUGUUUCUGAGUACCCCAGGGGCUCCCAUUCCCUCUAUGGAAGUAAGCAGAAAACCAAUCCAAUGGUUAAUACUAUGUGCAUGCUUGAGAGAGUCCAGUUAUUUCACACCAUUCCCAACCUAUGAGAGAAGCAAAUGAAUUGGCCAGCUUCUUGCUAGGAAUGGGUCCUCAUUGUAGAAGUCAACAUCAUUCUCCCGUCUCUAGAGGCACAGGGCCCCUAUAAACAGGUACCAGCUCUGAGAAC